UAAAUGUGUAUAGAGAGGAUGUGCUGCCACAACGUCAGCGCCAAAUUUAGUUCACAAAAUUUCAUUCCCCUAACGAUGCACGGUGUUCUGGAAGACCAGUUGAAAUUAAUGACUACGAAGCAAGGACACAAACCGCCUGCGGCGAAAGAUUCUCUUGUCGACAUCGUCCGCAUCUUCAGUGCCCGUACGAUCUUGUUUCCAAGCAACAAAUUACCGGCAAAUUAUUGCUCCCAAUGGGAAAAAGUUGCCACAACACAUCUCAAGCCAAUGCUGAGUUUGAAUUGGAUUUUUUUCCAUCAAUACGCGAUACCAGAACUUUCUUAA